AUGUGGGAAUGCUCUCAGACCUGCAAAUGGCAAUAUGCAAUUGAACGUCCGAAGGAGGAAACAUGUUUUCGCGAAAAUGCACGCAUAUACUUUCAUGCAUGCAUACAGCCACGGGCGUCCGAUAUUGUUUACCAGAUACGACCCACCUGCCUGCUUACGCUCUCAGUUCGUGAUCUUGAUCAUGGUGCUGGUGCUGGUGGCGGAGGUGGAAGCAGCGGAAACGCCAAUAGCAUGGGCCCUGUGAACAUGGUAAAGCACUACCGUGUGAAGCAGUUUGAUCAAGGUGGUGCAUACAUUACAACCCGUCGUGGAUUCCCCGAUCUUCGCUCUCUAGUCUCUCAUUAUUCUCGAGUGCCAGAUGGUUUGUGCUGUCGGCUGUCUCAAUCGUGUCCCAGGCCAACACCAGUCACCAGCGAUUUAUCUGUCGCCACUAGACAUUGCUGGGAGGUAUCGAGAACGUCGAUACGUCUAGUUGAACAACUAGGCGCUGGGCAGUUUGGCGAAGUCUGGAAGGGUAUACUUACAGCCUUGCCCUUCCCUUAG